AUGAGUGCCAGUUUUAAAGAAAUUAUUACAAAAAACGACAGCGAUGACGACCUGAAUGAAACGGCAGAUGAUGACGAUAUACAAGUACCAAACGAAAAUGUUCUACCGUCAUCAGAUUCGGAAGAUACAGAAAAUAGCCUAAAUAAUGGGAUAGUUAGAUGUAGAAGUAACAAUAAACGGCAAAGAAUACUUAGCACAUCUACCGAUGAGGAUGAUUUAGAUUCAAAUUCGAAUUUAGAAAGAUCCGACUUGAAUGAAGUGCUUUCAACGUUAUCAUGGUCGAAAAACGAUUUCAAGCCCACACUACAUGCAUUUAACGACAACAAUUCUGGAGUAAAAGGAAAUUUAACUCCAGAAGCUACGCCUUUGGAUGCUUUUCAACUCUUCUUUUCGGAAGGGUUAAUUUCACAUAUUAUUGAGGAGACGAACAAUUAUUAUAAAUUUGUUAUUGAAAAUACUACAUUUAAAACGUAUUCUCGUAUCAAUACUUGGAAAGACACAUCAAUAUGUGAGAUGUACGGAUUUUUAGCUAUCACGAUGUUAAUGCCGCGGGUGAAGAAAUUGACUCUAAAAGAGUAUUGGUCGACCGAUGACAUGUUAAAAACUAAUAUUUUUCCAAGAACUAUGGCGCGAGACAGAUAUAUGAUAUUAUUGCAAAUGUUGCAUUUUAAUGAUAACAAUGUACAAAGUGAUGAUCCAUUGAUAAAAAUACGACCUAUAAUUGAUACUCUGAAGAACUCUUUCUCACAGUCAUUUUAUCCGUACAAAGAUUUGUGCAUUGACGAAAGCCUUAUGUUGUUCAAAGGCCGGUGUUACUUUAAACAAUUUAUACCAUCUAAAAGAAGUAGAUUUGGUAUAAAGUCAUUUAUCCUGUGCGACUGCACCACAAACUAUAUAUUAGAUUAUAUAGUAUAUACCGGAAAAAAUACAGAUAUUGUACAUAAUUCUACAACCAUUGGGAAAUCGGCAGAUAUUGUUAUGACUCUUUUACGUCCAUACCUUGAAAAGGGCCAUACAUUGAUAACUGAUAAUUGGUACACAAGCCCGCAUUUGUAUACUGUACUUCAUAAAUAUAAAACUAAUGCGUUUGGGACAGUACGUAAAAACAGAAAAGAUAUGCCCCAUAUCGAUGGAAAAUUGACAAAAGGGCAAUUUGACUACAGAUGUACAAAUAACUUAUUGGCAUUGAAGUGGCGAGAUAGAAAAGAUGUAUGGAUGUUAUCAAGUGCUCACGAACCGAAAAUGAUUGAAUCUGGUCGAAGAAAUUAUCUUACAGGAUCGCCUAAGUUGAAACCAGAAUGUGUUGUAGAUUAUAACAUGAAAAUGGGCUCUGUGGACCGCGUUGACAUGGUUCUAAAUACAAUAAAUUCAUGCAGAAAAUGUCUAAAGUGCAAGCUCUUCUUGCGUUUGGCACGGAUCCUCAUCGAGCAAUGCCUCCAAUUCAGCGUCUUCGAAGGUUUUUGGCCUUCCUUCACGCGGACGGUCGUCAACAUCGAAAUCACCGUCUUUGAAGCGACGGAAUCAAUCACGUUGUUUCACUUAGAGCAGCAUUUUCAUAAACUUUUUGGAGCUCUCGAUGCGCUUCAGCCGCCAUUUUCUUCGAAUGAAAGAAGAAAAUCAACACUUCCCGCAAAUGACGAUUAUUUGGCACAAAAUCAGACAUUUUCACACAACCAAAAGUAUAUGACGCCAAAACAAAAUCACUAA